CUCACAGAUGUUGACUGGAGACGAAGUCCUUACCUCAUAUUCUCAUAAACUUUUUCGCAGUCUGUUAUUGCAUUUUUAGAGGUCAGAGACUCAUUGAAAUACUCCUACAACACAAGGAAGUAACACUUCUUGUAAGGUAAUCUCCACUCCCUCUUGUGUACUGUAUCAUUGCGUACUGAACAAAUGAUCAUAUUAUUUAUGUGAAAUGAUGGCUUGGAUUUUGUUUCGGGUUGGGACUCGGUUAAGAAAAUAAUAUUUUCAACCAGUUUUGUCUUGCUGGUUGUGAACUCAGAUAUUAGAGUCUCUUGAAUGUAAUAUAUAAUAGUGUUAGGAUUUGUGGGGUUGUGAACUCAGAUAUUAGGCUCUCUCGAAUGUAAUACAUAAUGGUGUUAGGAUUUAUGGUGUGGGAUGAGAGAAUACUAAAAGUUGCUUUAUAGAGUGAGGAAGGAAAAAUGUUAGGGGGUUGAGAACUUGUAAUCUCCUGUUUUCUUUGCAUAGUAAAUGUAUGUAGGCUAUACCCGAAUCGCUUAAAUUUUUAGAUCUUCUAUGGUGUGUAGUUUAUUUUUCUAUUAUUAUUUUAUUGUGUUCUAGUUCUGCAACGUUUGUUAGACUGUUGAAAAAAAGUUCUUUGUUGGAUGAAGAUUAACAUCGAAAAUGACCACAUGAUUGUCGUAAUGAACUCUUUUAAAUUAGUACAUAUUUUAGCACAAAAAAUACAUACAACUUCUAUAUCUGUUCAUAUUAAAUUGGGAAUUUGGGUUGUACAACUUAUGUCACCGUGUUGUUCAUAUUAAAUUGGUAUUAUUGAAAAACAAUAUUUUGAAAAUAUCAUUAAACAAAUCAGUUAAAAAUAUAUGUUUAAUUUGAUAAAAUUAAGUAAAUUAAAGAAGAAAUGUAAAAAUUUGGCCGACCAUUGUGAUCUGCAGCAAACAAAUGAAUUUUAAUACAAGUUUUUAAUUGUAUAAUCUUUUUUUCAUGCGCAUGCUGGUAUUUAUAUAUUAUUUUUAAGAAGAAAAUGAGAGUAAAAAGCAUAUACACUUUUUAGAAAAAUGUUGUUCAAUCGUUUACAAAUCAUUGCCACUGUUAAAGUCUUUUAAAUUUGUAAACAUUAGAUACCCAUGACAAAUAUAAAUAAAUAAACAAACAUUAGAAGCCCACCUCCCUUGACUCGACUUGAUUCUAUCAUCAUCAAUAAUGCCUGCUUCUUUUUGUGCAGCUUCACAAAGAAAUAAACUAUUUACUACUAGUAUUGGUUCUUACCUAAUUUUAGGAGCUCAAGAGCAUCUAUUUUGAUCAGCAUCUUUAAUUUCUUGUUUUUUUCAAAGGCAACCAGCAUCCUUAAUUUCUCCCAGCAAGCAAGCAGAAAUGGAGAUUAAGGAACAUCCACUGCUUCCUUUUUCUUUAGGUGAGAAAGGUCUGCAGCUUCCUGUUCCUAACCAAGAAGAAAUUGAUGGAGCUUUUCAGCGUCUAGAAGCCGUUCCUCAUAGCAUUGUCACUGAAAUCCUGGGGAAAUUGUCUUCUCAGAUUCUCAGGGAGCUUGGAGUGGAGUGGGGCGUCAAGGAUGCACUUGAGAAACUCGGAAGCAUAGUUUCGACAACCACACCGGUGCUUACUGAUGCAGCCAGGAAGAGAAUGGAAAACGAGGAGAUCGGUGAGUGGCUCGAAAAGUUCAUUCUUGCAGUUUAUGAUGCCGAUGACUUGGUUGAUGACUUCUCCACUGAAGCUCUGCAGCGCAAAGUAAUGAUUCAGGAGGAUAAGUACUGGGGAACAAAGAAGGUACGCAUUUUCUUUUCGAGCUCCAACCAGCUUGUUUUUCGAUUUAAGACGGGUCGUAAAUUUAAGGCCAUUAGGAAGGUACUACGUGCCAUUGCAGAAAACAGGAUCUAUAUUAGCCGAUUAACUAAAAUAGAUCAUGAUGAAAGACGCUCUUCUCUAUCCACACAAGUUGGUGAUGAGAAUAACUACAUGAUGGAGUACUACAAUAGAAAGGAAACACUUUCUUUUUUUGUGCAACCAGCAGCAGCAGCAGAUCAAGAAGAGGAAGUAGUUAUUGGGAGGGAGGAAGAAAAAUUGGAUAUUGUAAAUAAGCUAGUGGACUGUGAAUUUGACGUGUCGGUCAUCCCAAUAGUUGGAACCGCGGGAGUAGGCAAGACCGCACUAGCUAAAUUAGUAUACAGUGAUGAGCGGGUCACUAAUCAUUUUGAACUGAAGAUGUGGGUGUGCUUUUCUGAUGUCUUUGAUAUGAAAAUGAUUGCAAAAGAAAUGAUAGAAUCUGCAACAGGCAGGAAAGUACCUGAAAAACUAAUUCAUCAUCAUAUGGAUGGAGUAAUUCAAGAUCGCCUUAGGAAAGAAAUUGAUAGGAAAAGGUUCCUGCUUGUAUUGGACAAUGUGUGGAAUGAAGAAGGUGAUUUAUGGCUACAGCUAUCAGAUCUCUUGAUGGGUGGCGAGAGGGGAAGUAAGAUAUUGCUAACUACUUGUAGUGAAUACAAAGUGGCAAUGUAUCCCACAAUUUCACCAUUACUUUUAGAACCCUUGCCGUUUCAGGCAUCAUGGUCCCUUUUUAAAAUCACAUUUCAACAUGGGGAAGAGCAAAAUACUGUGCCACAUGUAGUUGAAAUCGAAGAGCAAAUUCUAAAUAUGUGUCAAGGUCUUCCUCUUGCCAUAAGGGCUUUAGGAGGCCUACUACACGCUCAAGAUGCAGAUGAUGAGUUGUUGUUGGCUUCCAAAACCCUUGAGCAAAAAAUAAAUGAAGAGAGGUUUUUUGUUUUACCUAUAUUGAGGUUGAAUUACGACCAUCUUCCCUCGUAUCUUAAGCGAUGCUUCGAAUUCUGUUCCUUAUAUCCAAAAGAGCGUGUAAUUUAUAAGAAAGACUUGAUAAGGUUGUGGGUUGCUCAUGGACUUAUUCAGCCAGUGGAUAAAAAUCCAGAUCUGGAAGAUGUUGGAGAUUUGUAUUUUCAGGACUUGUUAAGGAGGUCCUUUUUUCAAUAUGUUGAAAGAGACGAAUGGGGUGAUAUAGUAAGUUGUAAAAUGCAUGAUGUUAUCAGUGACCUUGCAAGAUUUGCUGCAGGAAAAGAGAAUUUCGUUCUGAAUUCAGAUGCAAAAGAUGUUCCUUCAACAAUUCGUCAUGUGUCAUUUGCUUCCUGUGAAGGUAUAUCAAUUGAUAUUCUGGCCAACUUGCGCAGAGCUAACAAGAUACGAACAUUUCUUUUGCAUGGUCAACGUAUAGGUUUUGGUGAGCCAAACAGUUUAGUUUCUGAAAUACUAGAGCUAACAAGGUUGCGUGUGUUGGAUCUCCAUUGCUUGGGGAUCAAAACAGUGCCAAGUUGCAUAAGCAAGCUGCAAUAUUUGAGGUAUCUUGAUCUUUCUGAAAAUUGUGCUAUAAAGAGUCUACCAAGUUCCAUUACUUUGUUGCAAAAUUUGCAAACGUUAAAACUCUCUGGUUGUUGUCAUCUGGAAGAAUUGCCAAAAGAGACUAGGAAACUGGUUAGCCUUAGGCAUCUUGAGCUUGAUGGAUGUAUUGGUUUGACUCGUAUGCCAUAUGGGUUAGGCCAGUUGACUUCUCUUUGAACAUUAACACUUUUCGUAUUGGACACAGACAACAUUGCCUCUAAGCUCAGUGGUGGUUUGAGUGAACUGAAAGGACUAACCAGUCUAAGGGGAUAGUUAACGAUUGAACGAUUGGGACGACCGUGCUCAGCAAGCACAACAGAAGAAGCCCAAAUCGAGGAAGCAAACUUUCUGAAGGAGAAACAACACCUUCAGUCACUGCAAUUAAAAUGGACCAAUGAUGAUGAUGGUGGUGAUGGUGGUGAUGGUGAUGAUGACGAUGACGCCAAUGAUGAGUUAGUUUUAAUAUUUGAAGGCCUCCAACCACACCCGAAUUUGAAGAGGCUUUCAGUAACAGGGUAUGGGAGUUUGAGUUUCCCAAGUUGGAUGAUGAGUAGUGGUUUAUCCCUCCCAAAUUUAGUCAAAAUUACUAUCGCGGACUGUUCCAGAUGCGAACAACUUCCACAGUUCGGGCAACUUCAUUUUCUCCAAGUUCUUGAACUUUCUCAGCUGGCUUCCCUAGAAUACAUAGACAACAGCAGCCGUACUAAUGGUGGUGGUGAUGAGUCACUUUCUUUUUCACCCUCUUCAUCAACAGGAGGACGAGAACUAACGGCAACAUUCUUCCCAUCCCUGAAAAAACUUCUACUCAAUGGCUUGACUAAUUUGAAGGGAUGGUGGAGGUGUGAAGCAGAAGAACCAAUGGCAUUUCCUUCUCUUUCGGUAUCAGCCAUCCAAAACUGUCCCAAGCUGGCAUCAAUGCCUCUGCAUCCAUGUGUUGAAGAACUAGAAUUGAUGCGGGUCAGUGAGAAGCUAGUACAACAACAGUUCACAAUGAUGGCAACGGCAACAAUUCCAACAACGGACCCAAUGUUGCCCUCUUCACUCUCUUCACAAGUUCCUCUUUCCAAAUUGAAGUCUCUAUGUAUUCAGUACAUUGAUGAUCUAGUUAUUCUGCCAGAAAGGGCUAUUGAAAGCCUCACUUUUCUCCGGUUUCUUGAGAUCUCUUGGUGUCCUAGAUUAACUUCUCUCUCAGAAGUGAUGUGGCAUCUCACAGCGCUUGAGAAGAUGGAGAUCAACGACUGCCCGAUGCUUGAUUUGCUGGAAGAUGAUAAUGGCAUGCAUUUCAAAGGCCUUAGGAACCUAACUUCUUUGAAGAUUAAAAGAAUACCAAAAUUGGUGCAUCUCCCUGUGGGCCUUCAACGUGUUACCACUCUCAAAUCUCUUUACAUUGAAAGGUGUGUAGAGUUGAUUACUUUAAAAAAUUCGAUUGGCAAACUCGAAUCACUUCAACGACUUGUGAUUUUUGAUUGCCACAAAUUGACAUCGCUGCCAGACGGAAUACGACAUCUCACGUCCCUCAUGUCACUGGAGAUUGAUGGCUGCCAAGAGCUUGAUUUGUCUGAUGGCUUUCAAUUUCAAGGCCUUCGGAACCUAAGUUCUCUGACGAUAAAAAGAAAUCCAAUGUUGGUGUCUCUUCCUGUGGGUUUUCAGUAUGAUAGCUCUCUGCAGUCUCUGGAGAUACAUAUUUGUGAAAAUUUGACAGCUUUACCUUACUGGAUUGGCAAUCUCAAAUCACUAAAACGGCUUUCCAUUUACGGCUGUCCCAAAUUGGCAUCAUUGCCUGAGGGGAUGCAUGGCCUCACUGCAUUAAAAGUUCUGAGUCUUCACAAUUGUCACCCCAGUUUAUAUAAAAGAUGCCAUAAGGAAACAGGGGAAGAUUGGCCUAAGAUUGCGAACAUCCCAAAUGUUUCUGUGUGUUGAUUAUGCUUACAACAAUGGUACACAGAACUAGAUGGAGCACGCAUUGCUAAAUUCAAAGACGGUUACACAAUACAUUUUACAAGCAGCAACAUUAAGCUAAAAUGCUGAUUCACCAAGAAGAGGAGCUAUAGGUCCGCUUUCUUGAUCGUUGGGUCUAUAUCCUGUAAAAAUAGAUAUUAUAGUGAGUUAUUCCAGGAUAUGUUGGAUUUUCAGUUUGUGCGCAAGCACAUCAUUGGGGUAUAGUUGUAAGAUGUUUCUUCUCACCCCUUCCUUUCAUUUAUUUAUUUUGUCGUAACUAAAUGAUGAAAGGCCAGCUGAUCCAUUUUCCUAGUUGUGUUUCUUUAGACUUGAAAACAGCAUUAACAAACUUAUGCUAUCCUUAAAUGAAUAUCAUUUGAGUGUCAUCAUAAUAAUCAUCAUCAUCAAUACUUCAUCAUCAUCUUCUGUUAAUAGUCUAUAUUUGUAUAUAAUUCUUAUGAACAGGGAAAGAGCUCUAUUGUUCCCCAAUAUAAGCUGCUAAGUUAUUAGAAUGCAAGAUAUAGACCCAUGGCCAGAUGGGUACUUCAUCAAGUUUACUUAAGCUGGAAGGUUAUCUUUUCGAAGCUCCAGUUUUGGGGAAGUGCCAGGUGACUUGGACUGAAGCAUGACUCAACUGAGUAUGGGCAAUUUGAGUGUUUCAUUGUUCCUUCUGUUGAUGGAAAAUUUGAGUUGUUGGGCAUCAAGUCCAGUGUCUCCCUCUUUACUCCCGAAAGCUUCUCCACAUUGUUCGAGGGCGCCCCAAGUAUUCGAAAGAUGCUAAAAGGUAAUUGUGAUAUUGGCGAUGUUUCAUGUAUUGGACCCCCCAAAUGGGCAAUACUUGCUGCAAUAUUGUGUAGAAUUUACCCUAAUUAAGUUCCUUAAUACUUCUUUCCAAUUAAGAUCUGUUUCAAAAAUCG